GCGGGCGGGCGGGCGGGGAGCAGUGCCGGGAGGCUCCGGGCGCUCUUGGACUCACGAUGCCGGAGAACUCGCUUUGGAUAUUUGUGCAACAACAGCAGCAACAGCCACAACAACAACAACAACAACAACAGCAACAGCCGCCCAGGACUUACUGCUGUGUUCGGGGCCGUUUCUGAUUCCGUUUCCAGCUCCGGGGUUCGUGUGUUAAUUUUUUUUUUGGAGUCGGAAACAGACAACUUUACCCGAGAAAAUCCGGAGAAGGGCGAAAAUGACCAGAAAAGGGUGUGGUAUCGAGCUGUUCCUAGUUUUGAUUGGGUUGGAGCUGCACAUUUCAGCUUCUUGUCCCAGAGACUGCGUAUGUUACCCUUCUCCUAUGACUGUCACCUGUCAGUCUCAUGGAAUUACCUCCAUCCCUGAAGGAAUUCCUGAGAACAGCGAGAGAAUCUUCCUCCAGAACAACAGGAUAACUCUUCUAUUAAGGAACACAUUCAGCCCAUCCACAGUCACCCUUUGGUUGUAUUCCAACAACAUCACCUUCAUCGAUCCGGAGGCUUUCCGUGGAUUCAGUCUUCUCGAGGAGCUUGAUCUCGGGGACAAUCGUUACCUGAGAUUCCUGGAUGCAGAGACCUUUAGUGGCUUGGAGAAGCUUCAUGCAUUGCACCUCUACCGCUGUGGAUUGACCUUUCUGCCCAAUGGAAUAUUUACAGGUCUUCACAACCUGCAGUAUCUCUAUCUCCAGGAAAACCACAUAGAGUAUCUCCAGGAUGAUCUGUUUUUAGAACUAGUCAACCUUACUCAACUUUUCCUGCAUGGGAAUCGCCUAUUGAGUUUGUCCCAGAAUACCUUCAGAGGCCUGAUCAGUCUUGAUCGCCUCCUGCUCCACCAGAACAGGCUUCAUUGGGUUAACAAACGGGCGUUUCAUGAUCUUCGAAGGCUGGCCACCUUGUAUUUGUUCAAUAAUAGCCUGAUUUCACUCCCUGGAGAGUGCCUGGCUGAGCUUGGGUCAUUGCAGUAUCUCAGAUUAAAUGGCAACCCUUGGGAAUGUACCUGUAAAUCUCGAUCCUUGUGGGACUGGCUUCAGAGGUUUAGGGGAUCGAGCUCCAGCGUGCUCUGCGAAUCCCCGAAGGAGCUCAAAGGGAAAGAUCUAAAGGUCCUCCCCCCUCGGGUCUUUCAGAACUGCACGGGUUCGGAGUUACUCAAUCAGAUCCGAACUAGCCCCAAACAGCAUCCCCAUCACACUGGCAAGCAGGGUCUGGAGAAUGGUCACCGCUCGCAUGUCGGCCCACCUUCCUCGCGGGACAUCACCCCAGGACACAGCCUGCCUGGCAAGAACGACACAAGCCACCCUGGCAAAUUUCCGGAUCACAUCGGCAAAACAUACCCCACAGAGGCAAAUGGCGCACGAAAAAAAUCGGCCAACGACAUCCACCAGCAGCUCGAUGGGAUGCGGGGCAGAGAUUAUUUACCAGACGUCAGCCAGAACGCACAGGGUGUUCCCACAUUCCCUCCCAGGCGUCGUACGAAAUGUACCCGUCGACCACGGAUCGAACCGCCCGGGAUCAAAAAGUCACCCUCGGGAGGAGGUAACCCCAGCCCUUGCCCCAGCUCCGGGGCCGUAGUUCUCACUGUCCUGGCGACUUUAAUUCUCAUAAUCCGUUGAAGCCGCCUCUGGUAAAUCACAAGGGCAAAAACAUUCUAACACUGCCGUCAAUCCAGUAGGGACCAAAAAAUAAAA